AUUACGUUUCCUCUCUAUGAACAGUCGGAAGCUAUAGCAUCCUCGAUCGAUCAACGAGUUGGACGCAAUGUGCGAAACGGUACCACGGACCUGGUACAUGAAACCAGAACUACACUGCACCGGCGUCGCUGUUCCGGCGGGUGCGCUGUCACCCUCUGCCACACUUUCACCGCCAAGCAGUCCGAGCGUGACACUGCCGCCUUCACCCUGGAGUCCUGGCGCAGCAGGAAACUGCUCGAGCACCACGACAUCCUCGAAUCCGUCCUCGAUCUGUUCUCCGGCCCUCAAUCAGCCGGGAUCGGAUCGAUUCAGUGCGUUCACUCUAGUCUCGGCGUAUAAUCCUGAGUCGAGACUUCAAACCUUGCCACCGACGACCACCAGCAACUCAACGCGAGAACUACGGUGCGGUCUAAUGUACGGGGGUUACGGGUCGACGGGAGCUACCUGGUGGACUCGUCUCCUGCUACCCCAUUCCCUGCUGCCAACCUCGAGGAUUCCCAGCCAACACACCACACCAGUUACAAAUUGUUCGUCUAUUCAUUUGGAACCUCUUAGUCCGUCCAGAGCUGGCUCACCUCGCGGAUGUACACCGGAAAAGGCUAAAUUCGAAGAAGAUGCGCCAUUGAAUCUGAGUACCAAACCCAGCGACGUUUUGUCGAGUGCAGAACGUAAAAGUAAAAUUUGGUCACCGGGAACGGUUUGCGAGAGAGAAGCGAAGGAAACUAGAGUACCGUCCUCGAGGAGUCCGUCUGUGACACCUGUUAUCACCCGGCAAAUCGAUCACUCGCCAUUGACACCUCCCUCUUCGUCCGAAAGAACGUUUCAGUGCAAACAAUGCGGGAAGGCCUUCAAACGCUCCAGCACUCUCAGCACCCACCUUCUGAUCCACUCCGACACCAGACCGUAUCCCUGUCAGUACUGCGGCAAGAGGUUCCAUCAGAAAUCGGACAUGAAGAAGCACACAUACAUACACACCGGCGAGAAACCGCACAAGUGCGUGGUAUGCGGCAAGGCGUUCUCCCAGAGCAGCAAUCUGAUCACUCACAUGCGCAAGCACACCGGUUAUAAGCCGUUCCAGUGCGGUCUAUGUGAGAAAGCGUUCCAGAGGAAGGUGGACCUAAGGAGGCACCGAGAAGGACAGCAUCCAGCAGCGCCGGCCCUCGAUUAUCGUUCCCUCCAGUUACCGUCGCAACCUACCACCAUUCGACACUCGCCACCGCAUCAGACCUCUGCUGCUUAUCACAUGAUACCGAUUCCUGGCAACAGUUGA